UUAGGGCACGAUGCCGUGGGUGGGGCCGGGACGUGAGGGCAGCGCGCUGGCGUCACAGGGGCGGCUAUAUAAGUGAAUACAAGCGCCGCCCCUCCGCCCCAGUCACUGAGCCGCCGCCGAGGACUCAGCAGCCUCCCCCUUGAGCCCCCUCGCUUCCCGACGCUCCGUCCCCCCCGCCCGCCUUCUCCCGCCGCCGCCUUCCGCAGGCCGUUUCCACCGAGGAAAAGGAAUCGUAUCGUAUGUCCGCUAUCCAGAACCUCCACUCUUUCGACCCCUUUGCUGAUGCAAGUAAGGGUGAUGACCUGCUUCCUGCUGGCACUGAGGAUUAUAUCCAUAUAAGAAUUCAACAGAGAAACGGCAGGAAGACCCUUACUACUGUUCAAGGGAUCGCUGAUGAUUACGAUAAAAAGAAAUUAGUGAAGGCGUUUAAGAAGAAAUUUGCCUGCAAUGGUACUGUAAUUGAGCAUCCAGAAUAUGGAGAAGUAAUUCAGCUACAGGGUGACCAGCGCAAGAACAUAUGCCAGUUCCUUGUAGAGAUUGGACUGGCUAAGGACGAUCAGCUGAAGGUUCAUGGGUUUUAAGUGCUUGUGGCUCACUGAAGCUUAAGUGAGGAUUUCCUUGCAAUGAGUAGAAUUUUCCCUCUGUCCCUUGUCACAAGUUUAAAAACCUCACAGCUUGUAUAAUGUAACCAUUUGGGGUCUGCUUUUAACUUGGACUAGUGUAACUCCUUCAUGCAAUAAACUGAAAAGAGCCAUGCUGUCUAGUCUUGAAGUCCCUCAUUUAAACAGAGGUCAAGCAGGAGGCACCUGGCAGUGUCAAGCCUUGAAACAAAGCAAUAACAUAGUGUUUCAGCCAAGCCCAGAGCCCUAAGAUCACAGACGGCUAUGUCUGGCCAGAAGCUCCUCGCCUCUCCCUCUGCAGAGUUCCCAGCCCUAAGAGAAUGUCACCACCUGGACAACCCUCGGUGAAUCUGAGAGGAUGGGGUAAGGCAGCAAUGCAGUUGUACCUCUAGAGGAAGUCUUUGGUAGUAAAGGAAAGAUCCUCUGGUAUCUCCAGGUGGGCAGAACUUAGGCCAUCUUCCCUCCAGUAGGGUGAUAAGGACAUCUGGCUUUCCACCAAGGUCUUUUUGACCAGACAUAUCCUAGCUAAGGGAUGUCCAAACAUCAGAAUGUGAGCCCAACCUUCUAUCAGUUAAACUUUUGACAAGGGAACAAAUCUCAAAACUGAUGUAUCAGCUAUGUAGCUAGUUGUAGAGCUUGCAACUUACUAGCAACAGCUGCCCAAUGCCAUGUGAAGUAACAAGACUGGUUUUUGGUUUUUUUCCCUUCAAUUUUAAUGUUAUGUGUAAUGUAUUUAAACCCUUAUUUAAAUAAAACUUGUUUUCAGAAA